AUGACUACCUCCAAGGAAGUGUUGAGUUUGUACAAGCAGCUUCUAGGUAAGGCUGCCAAGUUUACCGACUACAACUAUCGCACAUACGCCCAUAGAAGAAUCGUGGAUGCAUUUAAGGCCAAUAAGGAUUUAUCUGAUGAAUCGAUUAUUAAAGCAAAAUACAAUUUCGGAAUUGACAAUUUGGGAAUGCUCCAAAGACAAACCACAAUCUCACAAAUGUUCACUUUCGACAAGUUGGUUGUAGAAAGACUUGAGAAGCAUCAUUGA